GUUCACAUUUUAUGUAUGGCCACGUCCCGCCGGCAUCACAGCGUCCCAGGGGUACGACACAAUCAAGGGCAACCUGUACAUCUUUUCUCACUCGCCUCCUGUAAACCUUACUGGGUCGUCAGAGACGACUCCUGCCUGUGUCUCUUUCUCUCUGACAUUUUUCGAGCCAAGAUGGCACUGCAUAUUCUGGCGCUGCUGGUCAUCAUGGCCGCCUCGCCCGUCGUGCCGCGCCUGGUGGAACUUUCCUACACCUACAACGUGGACGCGCCCACCUCCCCCAAGCUGAAGCCAUUCAAAAUGACUGUCCUCCAGAACGGCACGAAUGACCUUGGAAUAUGGGUGGAGCUAAACGAAUUCUGCACGUCGGAACACUCAGGCACCCACGUUGAUGCUCCCGCCCACUACGCCCGCGACACCUGGCCCGUCAACGAGAUUCCCCUCGAGAGGCUAUGGCGGGUGCCAGGAGUGGUGAUUGACGUGUCCCAGGCCAUCUCCGCUGCCAAAGAGAGGAACUUCGCUAUCCCAGUGUCGGAGUUGGAUGCGUGGGAGAGUCGCCACGGAGUCAUUCCUGAUAGAACAGUGGUCUUCAUUCGCACUGGCUGGGGAGCCAAGAGCCACAACCUCGCUGAGUACUCUGGACUCGACAAUCAUAGAAGGAACAACUUUCCGGGCUUGAGCAAGGAGGCCGCCACCUGGUUAGCCACACACGGUGCACGCCACGGUCACCCCACAGGCGUGGUAGGAGUGGGAGUGGACACCAUCUCCGUGGACGUGGGCAACUCCACCCACUACGAGGCGCACCAGGCCAUGUACUCCCGCAACGUGUACGGCAUGGAGAACCUGGCCAACCUAGACCAGCUGCCGACCGCCAACUUUCUGGUAACGGUGAUGCCCAUGAGGAUUGGCGGAGGCAGCGGCGCCCCGGCACGCAUCAUCGCAGAGCUGCCGGACGAGCACACCGCCACCUCGCCUCGUCUCGCCCAAGCCUCGGAGGGUCGUGACAGGGGCGGUGGACGACGCACCUACAGUAACGACAUAGAGUUGUAGGUUAUCAUAAUAUUAGAACAACAGAGGCCACAAAUAGCUAUAGUGAAUCUUGAGGAAAAUAUUACUGCAACUCAUAUCCUUUCAGUUUCACGGUCGCUAAGAUUCUUUCACAUAAUUUUAUUACGUUCUAAUUUGCGUAACAACAUAAAUAAAACAUAUCUUUAUUUUAUUCAUGUAUUUACUCCUUCAUCUAGUUUUAAAGCUGAGUGAUCUGAGAAGUUAACUCUUUCAAUACUUGAACUCAUUUUUGCCUUCAGAUUUGUGUACAGUUAUUUAGACCAUUUUAUUGACAUUAGGAAGGAUCUAUGGGGAUCAGAAGAUUAAUGGUCACAGUCUUCAGGAUUUCAAUCUCCACACAAGUUUCUCAAGUUGUAUAAAAUCACCAAAUAGUAAGCAGAAUGAAUAUGGUACUCAAGGAAUUAACGUGUUUAUGUUUAAAAAAUCUUUUUAGCUGGCAUUUGGUAUGGUUUCGUUAAUUACUAAUUACUCAAAUCUUGAAAAUAGGUAGAAAUUGCAAAUGUAUUAUUCUUAAUCCACUUCUUCCUUCUAGAUGCUAAUAAAGAAUUCUUACAUUUG